AUGUUAUGGUGGAAACAUCUAGAAUGCAUCCAGGAAAACAUAAUAAUGAUUGAAAGAGAGGAACAGAAAAAGGAGUUUGCUGAAAAUGCGACGAUUACGCUGUCACUACCGACCAGGGAUCCGGUGCUGCGAGACAAUUUAUUAUUUGGGAGUCUAGAUCAAGUAAAGACAUUGCAAGCCUCACUAUUUCCGAUAUGCAACAAAGGCACAUUUAUUUCAAGUUUUCUCCAAAACAAUUUAAAGACAAAUCUUCUAGAGAUCAGCACGGAUAUAAAAACAUUUAAAACAACAGCAAAACUCAGGGAACCACGUGAACUGUUUGCAUUGCCCAAGGAGUUGGACUGUCCACAGCAAUCACCACGAUGGCCAUCCGAAUGUCAAGUGGUUGAAGAAAGAAUACAUCACAUCACGUGGAAUCCCGCUUCCCCGGAACCUUAUAACGUUCCCACAGGAAAGGAACUGAAGCCCCAACCGGUCGGUGAAGAGGCUGGCACUGUCAUAUUUCAAUAUUAUCCUAUGAGUGCAGUCAAUUACUUCAGCCGGUCUUCCGUCGGAGGGUCUCGUUUAUAUCUGUCAGCGUGCACAACAGCGAGUGGCGACGAUGAGUUACGAUUUGAGUCGCGCUUCGAAAGCGGAAACCUGGCGAAGGCUAUUAAGAUAACAUCGGCGUAUUACGAGUUACAUCUGAGGACUGAUCUGUACACAAACAGACAUGUGCAAUGGUUCUAUUUCAGAGUCUCGAACACUAAGAAGCAUAUGACAUACAGGUUCUCAAUAGUAAAUUUUUCAAAGCCUGAAAGUUUAUAUAACGAAGGCAUGCGGCCGUUAUUGUACUCGACCAAGGACGCUCAAUUGCAUUCGAUCGGUUGGAGGCGGUGCGGCGAGAACAUUGUAUAUUAUAAAAAUGAUCCUACGUGCGACGAAGACGAACAAAUCCCAAGCUACACCCUAACAUUCAACAUAGAAUUCCCACACACUGAUGAUGCUGUUUACAUUUCCCAUUGUUACCCGUACACGUAUUCCGACCUUCAGGAAUACCUUUCAAGACUACAAGCGCAUCCAGUGAAGUCAACCUUCUCAAAACUGAGGCUUUUAUGCCGAACAUUGGCUGGAAACAAUGUUUACUACCUGACAAUAACGGCCCCUCAAAACCCCAACGAAAUGGAACAAAAAAAAAAGAAGGCGGUUAUAAUAACAGCUCGGGUACACCCCGGAGAGACGCCAGCUUCAUGGAUGAUGAAAGGAUUCAUGGAUUAUUUGACGGGGGAUUCAAAUCAGGCUCGUGAACUGAGAGAAAAGUUUAUAUUUAAAUUGGUGCCUAUGCUAAACCCAGACGGCGUAAUAGUCGGAAACAACAGAUGUUCACUCACUGGAAAAGAUCUCAAUAGACAAUAUCGAACCGUGAUAAGAGAAACGUACCCACCAGUUUGGCACACAAAAGUUAUGAUAAGACGGUUACAAGAAGAAUGUGGAAUAGCAAUGUUUGUAGACCUCCACGCCCAUUCGCGGAAACAUAACAUUUUCAUUUAUGGAUGCGAAAGCAGAAGAAAUUCAGAAAAGCGUUUGCAAGAACAAGUAUUUCCGCUGAUGCUACAUAAAAAUGCAGCCGAUAAAUUUUCAUUUGAAAAUUGUAAAUUCAGAAUUCAACGCAGUAAAGAAGGUACAGCACGGAUUGUAAUAUGGAUGCUGGGGGUUUCAAAUAGUUAUACAAUGGAAGCUUCAUUCGGAGGAUCAGAAUUAGGGAGUCGCAUGUCAACACAUUUUUCUGUACAAGAUUAUGAAAAUUUGGGGAAAACAUUUUGCGAGACUCUUCUCGACUUUUAUGACGAGGAUCCAAGCAAGGAGAGAUUGAGAAAUAAAAUUGUGACACGUUUAUUGAAAGAGGGUUCUAACGCCGAUGAACCAACUAACAUAGAUCUAUCAGAUUAUUCCAGCGAUGAAGGAGAUACAUCCAGUAGUAGCUCAGAGGCUGUAGUGCCAAGAUGUAAUAGAGUUGUUACACAGUACGCUCCACCACCUUCACCAAUUUUUCCGGAUAUAAACAAGGGAAUAAACGAAAAUAUGCGCAGUCAAAGACCGAAACUUGAAAAGUUGAGCAAAAUGGACAGAAAAAAACCGAAAAGACAGACGUUACAGGUAUCAAGAGCUACAAUUGAUCUAACAUCGGAUGCAAUGACGGACUUAUCAUCAGAUUGUGAGUCGACCGAAGAAAAUCUUAGUCCUGUAAGACGUGUGCAUAAACUUUUACGGUCAUCAAAUAAAAGUAAAACGCGAAGAAAGAAAAAAAUGCCACCGGAACUCAAAAUAUUACCUGCACCUACAAGUGACUCUCCAUUCAACUCGGACCGCGAGAGGAGAUCAACUGACAAAUGCAAUAGACCUAGGAGUGUAUCUAUGUAUAAUGACACAAAUGAAAGACCUAAACUGAAACCAGCUUCAUGGCAUCAAAGGUUACCACCACCCAGAUGCCUUGCAGAAAUCAAAGUAAGAAAUGCGCAACCAUCAGAAUUACAAGUAAAGUUAAAUUCCUUGAAGAAAAACUUCUGGACUGGUUUACAAGAUGAAGAAAAAAGACCAUUAUCCUGGGGCAUAUCAAGUUUUGCAAUGAACUCUUAUUUUACGGAUAGUGAAGCCUUACUCCGGUCUUGUUCCAAGAAAUUAGAAGAAUUAGAAGAUGAAAAAGUUAAAAUGAAGGCGGGAAAAAAGAAGAAAAAGACUAAACCGAAAAAGAUUCCAGUCCCACAAAAAAUUAUUACGGAAGAUACAUUAGAAGCAACAAAUAAACCUAUAAAGAAUAACAAAAAGAAACACCAGAAUAGCACCACCCCAUACUCUCCCAUGGUUGUCGUAAGAGGCGACGAAGGAUAA